ACUCAUCUUCAAUACUCAACACAUUGUUCAAUAUCGAUUCUAAAAGCAUAUCUAGAUCGCGAUUCACAACGAUUCGCUACAGCUCACCCCCCUUCCCCAGCCCAUGAUGAAUCCGCAGACACCGCCAAGAAAACAACUAUUCAAGCCUUCGAGCAAAACGAAGACACCAACUCCUGUGAAGAGGCAGAGACCAUCUACUCCGACACCCUCCAGCGCCCAGUCUCACGACAUUCUCACUCCAACCGAAACUGUAAGCCGAAGUACAGACGCUUUCGGUGCCUUAGAUGUUACACAGGGCCCCGUUAGUGAUGCAAUAGAAGAGAGUGUGGAUUCCGAGCAAGCGGAUACUCCGAUUAAGAGUAUCGCUGGAAAGCCUCGGGAGGUUCUUAGCCCUUCAACAGACGAUCUACCCGAACCAUUGAACCCUACGGAUGCUUUGAACUCACCCACCGACAUUGCUAAAUACUUUGCUGAACAAGGGAACUCAGAAAUGAGCACAUUCGUCUCUGCAUUAACUGGCCAAACUCCACAUAUUCAUUCGAGUUCAGUUGACAGUAACGCGGAGUCGAACCAGGAGGCGUUAGGCGAUGCGCCCGAUACGAAGAGCACUGCUACGAAGGAAUCAUUUGUCGACGCACCCGAGACUAUCAAAGAACUACCUAGAGACGACAACCUGAUUAUUCCACCGAAUAUGCGAUCGCAAGAUGCCGAAGGGGGUGGAAACGAGGGAACACUUGGCGGCGCAACAGAGAAAAUAGCUGAAGUGAAAGAUACAAAUCAAAAUCAAGAUUUGAAUAACAAUAUACUGGACAUCACUAGCCCUGCAAAUGUCUCUAAGGAAGCUGAAGGGACUACGAACAACAUCAAAAAACAAGCCUCUGGUGUCAAACCUCUCAAUGCUGUUGGUGGACUAGACACCUCCGACAUCGCUAAGGAGGCGCAAGUCGGAAUAUCCGGGAAACCAAAUUCAUCUAAUAGUUCAAAAGAGCCGUCCGCAGGUUUACCGAAUGGAAAGGCUCAUGCGACUGAUGCGGGUCGGAACGCUGCAGGGAGUGCGCGACAGCAGCCGAAAACUGGAGUACUAGAUGAUGGUACUCGGGUCGCGGAUAACAUGGGUCAACCCGCUCAUAUUGAUCGAAGAAUUGAGAUUCCACUUCCCCGGCCCGAAAAGGUAAUAAGCAGCCCCCCGCAACCAUCGAAACUCGAUACAAACAAUAUCGCGACCGGCCUCAACGAUCCCAACGACCUUCCGGGCACCGAAGGCCUAGCGAAUAUAGACGAACUGGCGGGAUAUCCUGAUGACCCACCGGAAGAGAUAUUGGAUCCUUCAGUACAUUCUCCAUCUUCGAAUAUAUCACCUAUUCCGAAAAUCCCGAAGAUAAAACCUAUUGGUAUGGCGCCGCCUCCUGAUUUACUACAUCUUGCACGUGGCCUCGGCGGUCAUGAGGUUGAUGAUGUCGGUAACAUCGUAGACGAGUCAGGGAAGGUGCUCGGUCACGCUACGGGCGACCUCCCAGCUAUGGUGGGCAAGAAAGUUGCGGACAACGGCGAAGUCUACGGAGAAAGGGGAGAAAUCAUUGGGUACGUUUCGGAAAACUUCACCGGCCCACCACCGCCUGCAGAUAUUCCAGGUGAUGUACUUGGUGGAUUGAAGGUGGACCACGAAGGCAAUAUUCUUGAUUCGAGCGGCAACAUCAUCGGUCGCUUCAAUGAGAAAGCUGGACAAAAUGGCGGUUUGCCGCCUUUCAAGAAACCCUCCAAAACAGGUGAAUCUCAAUCGGAAGGCGAUAAGCCAAGCGAAGAGAAAAAACCGAAGGUAAAUGCUCACACAGGUGGGAGCCCUUCAGAUAUUUUCUUGGAUGUCAAGUCUACAACGGAUGGGAUCCAACUAACAAUUCGCAUUCCUACUACGUUUGGAAGACAGCCUCAAGAAUAAUCCAUACUAUGCGCAUCUUAUGAUUUAAAAUCAGGAUAAUUCUAGUUACGGUUAGGGAGCUUUGGAAAAAAAAAGUAAUUAUGAAAGCGAUGUUAAUGGCAUUUUGAUACCUUGGGAUAUAUACAUAGCGAGCUAUAUAAGGGUAUGAAGAACUUACUUGAAUUGACACCCAAAAUACUAUUUUGGAUGAUUGGAAGCGAUACUUGCGAUGUGUUAGUACGUUACAAGCUUGAACAAAAAGCAAUGUCAAAAGGGGCAAUACGAGUCAAUGCAAAAACGUGCUUUGACUACGCCAUUUAUGACGUUUAUCUGAUGAUAACC